AGUCAGUUUCUCACCCCUGAAGAUACAAGAAACUAUUUUCUUGCUCUACCACCCCAAAUUAACCUAGUUAUCUGGAUUCUAGUACUUGUCGAAAUUUAUCAAAUGGAUAAACUCAAGAUUUCAAUAGCUUUGAUGAUUGUCUUUUGUAUGUUGAUGGGCUUUGCCUCCAAAUCUGCAGUUGGAGAAGAAGACCAAGAAGAAAAGAAACCAGUCAAAGCAACUCUCACAGAGAGGCUAACAAGUUUGCUUUAUGUCUCCUCUCCAAGCUCUUCUCCUUCAACUUUCACCAACUGGGACAGAUUUAAAUCUCUUCUGCACCAACCACAUGCCUACUUCUUUCCUCCUAAUCUUGAUUUCAGGAGUAAUGAAGCAAAUCAAGACAUGAUGAGUGGUAGCACAAGUAGUAGAGGUGGAGCUGGAGAGAAAGUGAAAGAGGCAGUCACAAGAAGUAUGGAGAAGGGCAAAGAGAAUGUUGAGGAUUCUGCAAAAUCAGCAGCCAAAUUAGCUGGGGAAACUAUGCACAAGACCUCCGAGAAGGUCAAGAAGAGCUUGUCUAAGGGAGAAAAAGCACAUCAUCAUCAACAAUCCCACGAGCUCUAAUUAUCCCAUGCAUAUAUAUAUAUAUAUAUAUAUAUGUGUGUGUGUGUGUGUGUGUGUGUGAUUUAUAUAGUGUAAUACAUAUCAAUGUUAUUUGUGGAUUCUUUUUUUCAUUGCAUUAAUUUUGUUGGUUAUGAAUUUGGAUUGUGGUCUUGGAUAUUGUUUAAAACGUGAUGAGUUGUGUUUUGUGUAUUUGGCAUUUGCAUAUGAUCAAAAAGUAUGAAAUCAAUCUUACAGUAGCUUAUUAA